AUGCGAGAGGUCCCGGGUUCGAAUCCCGGUUCGGCCCAAAUUUUAAAUCCAUCCUCAGCCGAACAUUAUCGGCAGACCAGAAUAGCUGAGUACUUGAAAAUGACACUGAGAACAAUGGAAAAGCACUCUGGAAAAGUAGAACUUGAAACUCAUCGUCUGGCCGGAUGGUCUAGGGGUAUGAUUCUCGCUUCGGCCGAACAUUAUCGGCAGACCAGAAUAGCUGAGUACUUGAAAAUGACACUGAGAACAAUGGAAAAGCACUGUGGAAAAGUAGAACUUGAAACUCAUCGUCUGGCCGGAUGGUCUAGGGGUAUGAUUCUCGCUUCGGCCGAACAUUAUCGGCAGACCAGAAUAGCUGAGUACUUGAAAAUGACACUGAGAACAAUGGAAAAGCACUGUGGAAAAGUAGAACUUGAAACUCAUCGUCUGGCCGGAUGGUCUAGGGCCGAACAUUAUCGGCAGACCAGAAUAGCUGAGUACUUGAAAAUGACACUGAGAACAAUGGAAAAGCACUCUGGAAAAGUAGAACUUGAAACUCAUCGUCUGGCCGGAUGGUCUAGGGGUAUGAUUCUCGCUUCGGCCGAACAUUAUCGGCAGACCAGAAUAGCUGAGUACUUGAAAAUGACACUGAGAACAAUGGAAAAGCACUGUGGAAAAGUAGAACUUGAAAGUCGUCGUCUGGCCGGAUGGUCUAGGGGUAUGAUUCUCGCUUCGGCCGAACAUUAUCGGCAGACCAGAAUAGCUGAGUACUUGAAAAUGACACUGAGAACAAUGGAAAAGCACUGUGGAAAAGUAGAACUUGAAAGUCGUCGUCUGGCCGGAUGGUCUAGGGGUAUGAUUCUCGCUUCGGGUGCGAGAGGUCCCGGGUUCGAAUCCCGGUUCGGCCCAAAUUUUGAAAUCCAUCCUCAGCCGAACAUUAUCGGCAGACCAGAAUAG